AUGGCGUGCUCCAAGAAGACUCUCGCUAUUGUCGUUGUUCAGCUGCUGAUGGCUCUCCUUGCGUCAGCCAUGCCAGCAAGCGAAGGAAGUCGUGCCCUGUUAGGAGUAGAGCGGUGCUCCAAAUUUGACAACUGCAAGCAACAGUUCUGUCAGGCGACGUGCAUCAUCUUGGGGUUGAAUGCUGUUGGGAUAUCCAAGGUUGUUGGCACUGACAGUAUUGCUACAGAGGCCACCAAUAUCGCCUCCGAGAUAGUUUGGGUGCUGGAAACUGUGAUAUAA